CCCCACAAACCCGCGAUUUCGUCUAACACUGACCAAACUGAAAAAACCACCCAAGCCUUUGUCUCUCCCUAUCUCUCUCUCUCCCCUGUCAGCUGCUGGCUUGGGUCAUUGGGUCUGUGUCAACGCAUCGCCGUCCACCCAGUAUAAACCCAUUUCAUAUCUCUGUUUCCCACUCAUGCCUCCCAACCCAAUUCACCAAAACCUCUGUUGCUCUCUCUAGAAUCGUCUCAGCCAUGGCGGCCUGGACUUGCACAGCUUCUUCCAGCUUCUCCGCAGCUCGUCUCUUAUUGUUUUUCUUCGUAUCGGGUUUGGCUUGUCGGACCUGUUUCGGACUCGGGUCGUACGGGUUCGAUAUCCACCACCGGUUCUCGGAUCCCGUCAAGGCAAUUCUCGGUUCCGAUGAGCUGCCGGAGAAGGGGAGCUCCGGGUACUACGCUGCUAUGGCCCACCGAGACCGAUUGGUUCGCGGCCGCCAUCUAUCCACCGCCGACAAUCAAACGACGCCGCUUGCUUUUGAAUACGGAAACAUCACUUAUCGGAUUGGUGCUUUUGGACAUCUGCAUUAUGCAAAUGUAUCUGUUGGGACGCCGACCACAUCAUAUCUUGUGGCGUUGGACACGGGCAGCGAUUUGCUUUGGUUGCCAUGUGAUUGCAGCAGCUGCGUCCACGGCAUCAAGUUUUCGAAUGGAGAUGUAGUAGAAUUUGAAAUCUACAGCCCUAAGAAUUCAUCUACAAGCAAAAGGAUUUCUUGCAACAACACGUUUUGUUCACAACGGCAAAGCUGUACUUCACCAAGUCGUGAUUGUCAUUACAGGAUUGAGUAUCUGUCUAAUGGCACCUCAUCUACUGGGGUCCUGGUAGAGGAUGUUUUGCACCUGUCUACUGAUGAUGCUCAACAAAAAGAUGUACCUGCACGGAUUGCCUUUGGUUGUGGUAAGGUGCAGACUGGUAUAUUUUUGGACGGUGCAGCUCCCAAUGGUCUGUUAGGGCUUGGUAUGGAAGACGUAUCCAUUCCUAGCAUUUUAGCGGGACAGGGGCUUGCUUUGAAUUCUUUUUCCAUGUGUUUUGGACUGGACGGGAUUGGGAGAAUCAGAUUUGGUGAUAAUGGAAGCCAAGGCCAAGCAGAAACACCAUUCAAUCGUCAUAGCCAUUCAUAUCCAACUUACAACAUUACUAUCACUCAAAUAGCCAUCGGAAAAAGUGUUACUGAUCUCGAAUUCUAUGCAAUUUUUGACUCUGGUACCUCAUUUACAUACCUAAAUGAUCCAGCUUACACGCAGAUUACUGAGAGCUUUAACUCUGUGCUAAAAAAUAGUCGGCGUCCAAAGGAUUCAGAUAUUCCUUUUGAAUAUUGUUAUGACAUAAGUCCAAAUCAAACGGUGAACCUGACAAUGAAAGGUGGAAAGCAGUAUUCUAUCCUCGAUCCACUAGUAACUGUAUCCAAUUCUUCGGAUGAAUUGACAUUGUUCUAUUGCCUGGGUCUCGUCAAAAGUGGAGAUGUUAACAUCAUUGGACAAAACUUCAUGACGGGUUAUCGCGUAAUUUUUGACCGUGAGAAGAUGGUAUUGGGUUGGAAGGAAUCGAAUUGUUACAGCGAUGAGGAGACCAUCACUCUUCCUAUCAGCCCAUCGAAAUCUCCGGCCACAUCCCCAUCCCCGUCUCCGACUGCAUCCCCAACAAACUUCAACCCGGAAGCCACAGCAGGGAGUAGCAAUACUUCUAGCAUACCGGCAUCAACUUAUUCACCCAAAUUGAAGAACUCCAUCGCUUUUGCAAUCACCAUCGUUCUUUUCGUACUUUUCACCCUUGUUUGAUCAUUCUUUGCCUUACUGUAACAUAUCUAUAAUUGAUAGGCAUUUGUUUUGGAGGUAGAAUAUACACAGCGAUUCGGAAGUUGUUGACGUUCUAUUUGUGGGUUAAAUUGGGAGGCGGUGCAUAGGCAUCAUUGAUUUCUGUCACUGCAAUAAAUUGUCAUCAAUAUAUUAUUAGCACAUGGGAUUGUACAUAUGAUUUUAAAUAUGACCACAGAUACUAAAUAUAUUAUUUGUUGGUUACAGUAAUA